UAUCUGGCUCGCUUUCCUCAGCGUGGAACCCGUUAGACGAGCUCGUAGUGAUGGAGCACCUUACGAAGAAGUCGUACUAUGAGCUGCUCGGCGUUGAGCCCAGUGCGACGCUGGCUGAGAUCAAAAAGGCGUAUAAAGAGAGACUGCUUAAUAGCCAUCCGGACAAGACCCAAAGGACGACCAGAGAUAACAUCGUUGUGGAGCUGAAGACGGCGUAUAGCGUGCUGUGCAAUGACGAAGCCAGGCGAGAGUACGACGACGAGGUACAGCGGAGGUUCCAGAAAAGUGGUCUUAUAAGCUCUGGCGAAGGGCUUGAUGUUGUCACCUUGGACGAUUUUGUAUGCGAUGUUGAGGCCGAGGGUGAGGACUCGAUAGCAACGUUCAGGAAGGACUGUCCCAGAUGUACUGCUCAGGACGGGUUUGUGCUGACUGACAAUGACCUUGAAGACAAUGGCACGCCCGAUGGGAUGGGUGGAUACGAGAUCAUCCUCCAGUGUAGUGCAUGUAGCCUAUGGCUCAAAGUUCAAUAUUACGAAGACGAAGAGGAGGAAUAACACGUUUAAUAGACAGUGAUCGUUAGAAAUGAGGCCCAGGUGUGUCCAGAUACUAUGUACAAUGCUUUAUAGACCGACUCUAUGCUUCUAUUAGGUGGAUGCCCUCACGUGUUCUUCAGCAAGAACAGCGCUGAGGGCCUCAGCCAUGACCGGGAAGUCCGUCAUCAGAGAGAUGUGACCCAGUGGAGACGCCAGCUUAGCAACGACGGGGAAAUC